AUGGCCACCUCUACCAUGUCCGUCUGCUCCGAUGCCCGCACUGAGUCCUCUUGGCAGGUGGAAGACUGUCCAGAGAGCUACUGUGAGCCCUGCUGUGACCCCAGCUGCUGUGUCCCCUGCUGUUCCCCCAGCGGCUGCCAGUCCAGCUGCUGUGCCCCAGCCCCCUGCCUGACCCUCAUCUGCACCCCAGUGAGCUGUGUGUCCAGCCCCUGCUGCCAAUCCACCUGCCCCAGCUCCUGCACACCAUGCUGUCAACAGUCCAGCUGCAGCUCCUCCCCCUGCCAACAGUCCUGCUGUGUGCCCCUCUGCUGCAAGCCUGUCUGCUGCACACCAGUCUGCUGUAAACCUGUCUGCUGUGAGCUCGUCUGCUGUGGGUCUUCCUCAUCCUGCGGCCAACAGUCCAGCUGCCAGACCUCGGGCUGCAGCUCCUCCCCCUGCGGCAGCUCCUCCCCCUGCUGUGUGACCCUCUGCUGCAAGCCCCUCUGCUGCAAGCCCGUCUGCUGCAAGCCCCAGUCUAGCUGCCAGCCCUCAAGCUCCCAGUCGUCCUGCUGUGUGCCCCUCUGCUGCAAGCCCGUCUGCUGCAAGCCCGUCUGCUGCACACCAGUCUGCUGUGAACCUGUCUGCUGUGAGCCCCUCUGCUCUGGAUCCCCCUGCGGCCAGCAGUCUAGCUGCCAGCCCUCAAGCUCCCAGUCGUCCUGCUGUGUGCCCCUCUGCUGCAAGCCCGUCUACUGCAGACCCUGCUCCAGCGUGUCCCUGCUCUGCCGCCCCGUGUGCAGACCCGCCUGCUGCGUGCCCGCCUCCUCCUGCUGUGCCUCCUCCUGCCAGCCCAGCUGCUGCCGCGGGUCCUCCUCUGUGUCCCUGCUCUGCCGCCCAGCCUGCUCCAGCCAGGCCUGCUGA